AUUUAUCUAUUUAUUCAUACUUGGUCAAUCGGGGGAGACUUGAAUGCUCGUUGCUCUCUCUCUCUCUCUCCUCUGUAUCUGCACUUAAUGGCGGCUACCCUUUCUCCACGUCUUCAACUAGUUAAAGCUCGUUGGUUUUCAGCCAAGUUUAUUCAAGCGUAAUGGAGAAUCAAGGUUAAUGAGAAGAAAGUGCAGAGGGGGGUUUUUCUUCAAUCUGAGUGAAAGCUUGCUGGCAAACAUGUCCUCUGGUUCUUGGAUCACAUCUCUCUCAUGUUCGAGCUCGGUUGUUCAAUCCCCACCUGAUUCCUCCACCAUCUCAGUCAUAUUUCAGUGGUUGGGAUUCAUAUUUUUCUCUCCAUGUCCUCAACGAGCUUUGCUCUCCUCUGUCGAUCUCCUCUUCUUGCUCCUCCUCUUCGCCUUCGCCGUCCAGAAACUUUGUUCAAGGUUUAGUUCUCAAGACCAUGCCGACGCUUCCAUUGCCAAACCACUCAUCAGAAACGACAGAACUGAUCUCAGAGUAACUUUCUGGUUCAACCUUUCUCUCACUCUAACAGCUCUUGUGGGCAUUUGCUACACAGUCCUAUGCAUCUUAUCCUUUACUGGAGGCAUCCAAUCGACAUGGGAGAUGACCGAAGCUCUGUUUCGGUUAAUGCAAGCCAUUACCUAUAUUGCGAUUACGAUUUUAAUUGCCCACGAGAGGAGAUUCCAAGCCGUCACUCAUCCGAUGACCCUUCGUAUCUACUGGUUCGUGAACUUCGUCGUCGUUUGCUUGUUCUCUGUUUCGGCCGUCAUAAGACUUAGCUCUUUCAUGGGAACCCAGGACCCCGAAUUGAGAAUGGACGAUAUAUUUUCCUUGAUUACUCUACCCAUAUCCACAAUUCUUCUGCUUGUAGCCAUUAGAGGAUCGACUGGGAUAAUAGUAACCGGAGAAUCUGAAUCAGGACUGAAGGAACCUCUCUUGAGCAAUUUGACGAACGUGUCAGGCUACGCCACUGCUUCAUGGUUCUCUAAGACCGUGUGGCUUUGGAUGAAUCCCCUGUUGCGCAAAGGCUACAUGUCCCCUCUCAAGAUGGACAAAGUCCCAACACUUUCGCCUGAGCACAGGGCGGAGCGGAUGUUGGAGCUCUUCCAAUCGAACUGGCCCAAGCCAACAGAGAAAUCGAAGCACCCAGUUCGAACUACCUUGCUCCGGUGCUUCUGGAAGGACCUCUCGUUCACUGCCUUCCUUGCGAUUGUAAAGCUUUGCGUAAUGUACGUCGGACCAACUCUGAUCCAAGGAUUUGUCGAUUUCACGGCCGGAAAGCACAGCUCCCCCUACGAAGGCUAUUACCUCAUAGCGACGCUCCUCUUGGCGAAAACCAUCGAAGUCCUCAGCAACCAUCAAUUCAACUUCCAGUCUCAGAAAACCGGGAUGCUUAUUAGAUCCACCCUGAUCACCUCUCUGUACAAGAAAGGCCUCCGGAUGACCUGCUCGGCCCGGCAGUCGCACGGAGUGGGGCAAAUUGUGAAUUACAUGGCGGUCGAUGCUCAGCAGCUCUCCGACAUGAUGCUUCAACUUCACUCUGUAUGGCUGAUGCCCCUCCAAGUUACGGCCGCUUUCGCCCUCCUCUACGGCUACAUUGGGGUUUCUACGCUCUCUGCGUUUCUCGCCUUGCUCGGUAUUUUCGUGUUCGUGGUUUUGGGGACUCGACGGAACAACCGGUUCCAAUUCAACGUCAUGAGGAACCGCGAUCUGAGGCUGAAAGCAACCAACGAGAUGCUCAGCUACAUGCGAGUGAUCAAAUUCCAGGCGUGGGAGAAUCACUUCAUGAAGAGGAUCCUGUCAUUCCGUGAGGCAGAGUAUGGCUCGUUGGCCAAGUUCAUGUACUCACUCUCCGGCAACAUUGUUGUCAUGUGGAGCACGCCGGUGAUGGUGUCGACGCUUACAUUCGCAACCGCGCUUCUUCUGCGGAUCCCUCUGGACGCGGCAAAGGUGUUCACAGUGACGACGAUAAUCAAGAUCCUACAGGAGCCGAUCAGGAACUUCCCUCAGUCGAUGAUUUCGAUAUCGCAGGCCAUGGUGUCGCUCGGGAGGCUUGACGCGUAUAUGUUGAGUAGGGAAUUGGAGGGAAUGGUGGAGAGAGCCGAGGGUUGCGAUGGCCUGACGGCAGUGGAGGUGAAGGGAGGUGUGUUUGGAUGGGAUGAUGAGAGCAAGGUAGCUGUUCUGAAAGAUUUGAAUUUCGAGAUCAAGAAAGGAGAGCUUUGCGCCAUCGUUGGGACCGUUGGAUCGGGGAAGUCUUCUUUGCUGGCUUCGGUUCUGGGCGAGAUGCAUAAGAUCGCGGGAAAGGUUAGAGUCUGUGGGACCACAGCCUACGUGGCACAGACGUCGUGGAUCCAGAACGGAACCAUCCAGGACAAUAUCCUGUUCGGGUUGCCAAUGAACACGGAGAAGUACAGGGAAGUGAUCAGAGUAUGCAGCUUAGAGAAGGACCUGGAAAUGAUGGAGUUCGGAGACCAGACAGAGAUUGGAGAACGCGGGAUCAACCUCAGUGGUGGCCAGAAGCAGCGCAUUCAGCUCGCUCGAGCCGUCUAUCAGGACUGCGACAUCUACCUCCUUGAUGACGUCUUCAGCGCCGUCGACGCUCAAACGGGAUCGGAGAUAUUCAAGGAAUGUGUGAGGGGAGCUCUCAAGAAGAAGACCAUCUUGCUCGUAACCCACCAAGUUGACUUCUUGCGCAAUGUCGAUCAAAUCAUGGUGAUGCGAGAUGGAAAGAUCGUACAAUCUGGAAAAUAUAACGGCCUGUUAGAAUCUGGAAUGGAUUUCAGAGCGCUCGUAGCUGCCCAUGAAACGUCUAUGGAACUGGUAGAGAAUGCAACUAACUCGACUGACAAUUCCCAGCAGCAACCAUCUCCCAAAACGCCCCGAGACUCUCCAACCCCAGGGCCAGGGGAACCCAAUGGCGUGAACGGGUCUGUGGAGCGACCCAAGUCUGAGAAGGGUAGCUCAAAGCUCAUCAAAGACGAAGAGAGGGAAACCGGCAAAGUCAGCUUACUGGUGUACAAGCAAUACGGCACUGAGGCGUAUGGAUGGUGGGGAGUGGCUGCCGUGUUGAUAAUGUCUCUUCUGUGGCAGGGAUCUCUGAUGGCAAGCGACUAUUGGCUAGCAUACGAGACUGCAGCCGAUCGUACGGCAUCGUUCAACCCCUCUACUUUUAUUAAAAUCUACGCGUUAAUCGCUGGUGUUUCAUGUGUGUUGAUAUUGAUCAGAGCUUUCCUCGUCACUUACUUGGGGCUUAAAACAGCUCAGGUUUUCUUCAACCAAAUUCUACAUAGCAUACUGCAUGCUCCCAUGUCUUUCUUUGACACCACUCCUUCAGGAAGAAUUUUGAGUCGGGCGUCAACAGAUCAGACCAACAUUGAUUUGUUUCUUCCCUUCUUUAUGGGCAUUACUAUUGCUAUGUACAUUACAUUGCUCAGCAUCAUUUUCAUCACUUGUCAGUAUGCUUGGCCAACAAUCUUCCUCAUAAUUCCACUAGGUUGGCUGAAUUUCUGGUACCGGGGAUACUUUCUUGCAUCAUCUCGAGAGUUGACUCGCCUUGACUCGAUCACAAAAGCUCCAGUUAUCCACCAUUUCUCAGAAAGCAUCUCCGGAGUUAUGACAAUCCGAAGCUUUAGAAAGCAGGCAAGGUUUUGCCAGGAGAACGUUGACAGGGUGAAUGCAAAUUUACGAAUGGACUUCCAUAACUUUGGAUCUAAUGAAUGGCUGGGCUUCCGCUUAGAAUUGAUUGGGAGUGUCAUCCUUUGCAUUUCCACUGUUUUCAUGAUCUUCUUGCCCAGCAGUAUUAUCAAGCCAGAGUAUGUUGGAUUAACUCUCUCCUAUGGUCUAUCUCUCAAUGCGGUCUUGUUUUGGGCGAUAUACAUGAGCUGUUUGGUGGAGAACAGAAUGGUUUCAGUUGAGAGAGUAAAGCAGUUCACAAAUAUUCCAUCUGAAGCAGAAUGGGAGAUCAAGGACUGCCUUCCUUCUCCAAAUUGGCCUACUCAUGGCAAUGUUGAUCUCAUAGACUUGCAGGUUAGAUAUCGACCAAACACUCCCCUGGUUCUUAAGGGUCUCACUAUUAGCAUUCGUGGAGGAGAGAAGAUCGGUGUAGUUGGCCGAACUGGGAGUGGAAAAUCAACUCUGAUCCAAGCUUUGUUCAGGCUGGUGGAGCCUUCUGGAGGGAAAAUAAUUAUUGAUAGGAUCGACAUUUGCAAGCUAGGUCUUCAUGAUCUCAGGUCGCGCUUUGGAAUUAUUCCUCAAGAACCUGUCCUUUUCGAAGGGACUGUCCGGAGCAAUAUUGACCCUGUUGGGCUGUAUACAGAUGAAGAAAUAUGGAAGAGCCUUGAACGCUGCCAACUAAAAGAUGUAGUGGCUGAAAAACCUGAUAAACUUGAUUCUGCAGUGGUUGAUAAUGGUGACAAUUGGAGCGUGGGACAGAGGCAGCUUCUCUGUUUGGGGAGAGUGAUUCUGAAGCGCAGCCGAAUUUUGUUCAUGGAUGAAGCAACAGCAUCUGUUGACUCACAAACCGAUGCCAUAAUCCAAAGGAUCAUCAGAGAGGACUUUGCAGCCUGCACAAUUAUUAGCAUUGCUCACAGAAUACCCACAGUUAUGGACUGUGAUAGAGUGUUGGUUGUCGAUGCUGGACAAGCUAAAGAAUUUGAAAAACCAUCUCGCUUGCUUGAAAGGCCCUCACUCUUUGGAGCAUUGGUUCAGGAGUAUGCCAACCGGUCCUCUCAACUUUAGACAUCAGUUGGCCAACUUGGCCGACAGCUGCUUCUGGUGCUAUUGCCAUCACUACCAAGCAGUAGACGUCGCUUGCCUUUCUUUGAUGGGUUCACCAAGAAUCAACAUUGAUGGAAGAUUGGCGACUUUUGCAAAGUCUUAUCCCAAUUGUUCAAUCUGAACCAGUAAUUGACAAGCCUCUGCAAUUAUAGGAGGGCAAGAAUGAAGGAAAUGUUCUAUGGAAUGGAUGCUCCAAUACUAUGAAUCUUCUAAUAGAAUACAAAUUAAGUUUUUUAAGAAAAAAAAAGAUCUCUAAUAUGGCAAAUAGUAGAUUAGCGAAAUAGUUGCUGAAAAACUAAAUCAAUUGAUCAUCUAGACUGCUAAUUCGGGGGGAGGGAGGGAGAAGAAGCAGCUUCAUUCAGUAAAGAACUGGACAUGCAAGACAGUUGAAUACAGAGUUGUAGCUUAUAGCCACUUUACAUUUACAAGCGAAAUAAACGAAUAUGUGAGCAACUUGGUUCAGUAUUCUAUUAACAUGAACAAAAAAUGUAGAUUGGAAAUUCUUGUUUGGACUGUUGAUGCGAAUCCAGUGAAACUGCUUUAUCCAUGUCAUAGGUCUGUUCCUGCUAUUCAAAAGGUUUAUAUAA